CGGCUAAGGAAAUGACGAAAUAUAUACAGAUUUUUUUUUUCAUUAUAUUUUGAACAUAUUGUUUUUAGGCAGCACAGAGAGCUUUUUAAACUGUCACAGCUCCAAAGUUGAAGGUUUGAUCCUGCGCUCAGGUUACUGUCUGCCGUAUGUUCCUCUAGAUUCUCCGGUUUCCUCCUACCACAAAAAAAAGAAUCGAUGGCAGGAGGUAGAUUGGCUAGACUAAUCUGCCCCAAGGUGUGAGUAAGUGUGUGUGUGUGUGUGUGUGUGUGUGUGUGUGUGUGUGUGUGUGUGUGUGUGUGUGUGCACGUCGCCUCACACAUGAUGUUUCUGGGAAAUCCUCCAGAUUGACUGCAGUCCUGACCGGGAUAAAAAUUGAAUGGUUCAGGCUUGUAGCUUUGGAGCUCCAUUUUCUUCUGUACGUUCAGUUUUCCGAACGGAAUCCUCUCCGGAUGAUCUGUUGAUAUUCUCAUCUUUAAAUGAUAUGGUUUUAUGAGCACGGCCAAAGGUCAUGGUGUGUAAAUUACAGUGUAUAUGAGUGAGUACCUGUACAAUGUUAUGAUCUAGACCACAUUCUAAGCUUCAUUUAGAUGUUACAGAGGAAUCAUUUCCAGGCUUUAUUGGUGUCGGACGUGGACCUGCUUACUGGGUAUCAAAGUGAAACCUAGAGUAAACUUUUUAACCUGGGAGGAUCAGGAUGUAACAUCAGGAUGUAAUAGUAAAGGCAAAAAUCUAAAAAUAGCAUUUAUAUGGCGGUGAACGGCUGUUUUGCGAUUGCGCUCUUUUUUUUUUUUUUCCCCUUCUCAGUAAGUGUGUAUUGAGCGUAUGAGAACACGUUCACCACAGCUGGGACUUUUCCAUUAUGAAAAGCUUUAUUUCCUUCCUGCUACCAUCCUUCUGUCCUUCCUUCCACUAAAGGCCCAGAUUACAGGCCCCUGUAGUGAGACAAACGCGACGAUCUGUCCUGAAACGCUCGCCGCUGCCGGAGGAACCCGAGCUGUGAGGAAUAACUCCAGUUCAUCCAUUAUGAAGCGGUGUAGCUAUCGAACAUCUGAUCCUUUCCGUCAGGAUGAGUUUACUUCUGUUCUACUACUGUCAUGACAAAUGUUAGGUCCUUUGUACAUUUUAAAUACUAAACACAGCCAGGCUGUUUUUAUUGCAGCGCCAUCAUUCUGUUUUCUUCAUAAUAUAUGGGUUCAGUCCUAAAGAGGGUCCGAUCAGACGGUUUGCGUCCAUCUAUUCUCUGUGUUAUUGUCUGUGUACGCUGUAUUAAACACUGUUGUGUGUGUGUGUGUGAUGGAAACAGGAAAACAGUGCUGACACUUCGCUAUGGGUCCUGCACUUAUUUUUUUAGCGAAGCAGCUGCCAUGCAGGAGGAUGUAGAGCCCUGUAUAAUUUAAUGAGCCUUGUCCGGGUCAAUCCUAAACAAUAUACCUCCCAGUCCUCUUUUCCAGGUCCCAGAGUGUGCACAGGAAAUGUUUUAUUCAGCAUGUGCUCACAGACCAGAGCUGGAAAAGUAAACUUAGUGUCUCUCUGACCUUUUUUGUUCUAUGUAGACAGAUUAUUCUGUGUAGACAGACUCUUCUAGUCUUUCUCAUUUGAAGUGUGCUCAUAUUUAGCAGUAAUCACACACAUCAUUACAAUCUAAUGAAAUCACCAAUCUGAUUGGCCAGAAGGUGCGUUUCGUUAAUAUUUUACAAAAGUACGGCCCUGACAGUAGCGCAGAGCGUAAAGAGCGGCUGCGAUGAGGCUAGAUGAUUUCCAGAACGGAUAAAUGUGUCUCACAGACAUCACCUUAACAUUGCGUAAAAUCCUUAAUUGUUAUAUAAGAAGUAAAUAUAUCCGAUGGUGUAAUAUCUGAUGUCCUGGCAUCACAUUUAUUUUCCUUUUACAUGCCUUGCCACGUUUAUUAUAUUCCUGUGUAACACAGUUAUGAUAUUCCUUCCUUACAUACAUCUCUGGGGUUUGGGGUUCGAUUCCAUCCUCCGCCAUGACUCAGGGUUUCCUCCAGGUACUCCGGGUUGCGCUGUAGGUUGAUUGUGCUCCAGACUUCCUGGAAGCAUCAGGAACGUGUUGUUUACUAACAAAUGACCAGGCGUUCCGUGUGGCUGAGGAUCAUCUGGGAAUCCCGGCUCUCCUGGAUGCAGAGGACAUGGUGGCUCUUCCUGUCCCAGAUCGACUCAGCAUUCUCACUUACGUCUCACAAUACUACAACUACUUCAAGGGUCGCUCACCCAUAGGAGGAGUUGGAGGCGUCAAGCGGCCGGCAGAGGACUCGAAAGAGGAGCCGUCAGAAAAGAAGAAUCUCCCUGUCACUGCCAAACCUUACAGCCCAAACACACAUCCGGUGUCUUCCUCUGUCUCCUCUAAACUCACUCCAAACAAGCUUGUCUCCACCUCUGUGACACAGCAGCGUGCCCAGGAAAAACACCUCGCAUCCAAAAACAUCAAGACCUCACCAAGCACUGAUUCAACAUGCACGGUGAAAACCCCAGGCAGGAACGCUGACAAGGCUGUUUUAGUCGAGAGCUCCAAUAAAACCGGCACCCUGAACAGUAAGUGUGGCGUCUGCCGGAGUCACGUCCACUUGGUUCAGAGACACCUAGUGGAUGGGAAACUGUACCACAGGAGCUGCUUCAAGUGCUGUGAAUGUGCAGCUGCUUUACAGUCCGGGGCGUAUACAUGUGGCCAGCAGCCUGGUACACUGCGCUGCUCUUCAUCUCCUUGUACUCAGAACGACUUGAAGUCUCCAGCUAAACACAGUGGGUCGGAUACGUCCGGACUCGAACCCCGACGUGGAAACGAUCCAUCACCUCGGCAGCACGGCUCAGUUCUGACCAGCACUGUGAAACCCGUUCCCAGAUCAGUUCAGCCAUCUCCGGCACCAGAGCCUUGGACCGCUUCAGCACUAAGGACUCAAGAUGCCAGAAAGAGGUUUUUUCUUUCUCCCUCAGAGGCCUCUACUCCACAGAACAUCAUUGCACCGAAGUGUGAAGAAGACGAGAAGCAGGCGCCGGCAUUGAUCUCUCAGAAAUUGGCAGAAGGAAACUGCAACAAUAAUAACAAAGCUUAUAGCUGUGGGCUCAGUCCAGACAACAGAUCUGUUAAAGUGUUCAGCUCAGAGCAGGAGAGACAUAUCUCAAGCACAGAAGUCCAAGCUGGACAUUUGUGUAUUUCUCUCACCAACACCAGCAACACAGAGUCCCCGAGUCUGAGUGGCAUAAACAAAGAGCGCACCAGACCUCCCUCCUCUUCCCUCUUCAUCACCAGAGCCAAAGAUGUGGGGAGCCGUGAAGGCCCAAAGCUAAAGACGGAGUCAAAUGAACCAGGACUAAAAACGUUCACUGAAGAUACCGGCGUGACUCCCGAACAAAACAAAACCAUCUGUAAUGCUAAGCAGCUGAAUCACCAGACCACAAACAUUACUCCUUAUAAAUCUCCAGCCAGAGCCUCUGGUGUCUCAGGCCCUGAAUCUGAGCGUUCCUCUGCGCGCUCAUCACCCAGGUGUACGCCGCCAUGUACAGAUCAACACCAUGGAGGCCUGGCUGAAUCCAGCCGUAUAGCAGGAAACGACCGAACCUGUUCGUCCCUCCAGCAUCUAGUGGAUGACGGUGUCUACUUGAGACGCUCUGACUCUGCAGUACAUGCCGAAGACAGAAUCGCGCCAUUCGAGAACAGUUCACAGCUGGAGACGGAGUCACUCCCGAUCAGGUCUCGCCACAUACCGAUCGAGCAGAUCACGAAGGAGCUGCAGGAAAUUGAGAACAGCCUGGGUGAUUUGGAGAAAGCGGGAAUUGACCUGGAGAGAAGACUACGCAGUUGUGAGGAAGAGGGUAGCGGGGACAUUUUGGCGGAUCCGUUGAUGGUGGACUGGUUCAACCUGAUUCGGGAGAAGCAAAGUUACAUACGGAGGGAAUCUGAGCUCAUGUACAUAACAAAAACUCAAGGUUUAGAGGAGCAGCAGCCAGGAGUGGAAGGAGAGCUCAGGAAGCUGAUGACUAAACCAGAGCAUCUCAAAAGCACUUCAGAAAGGAAGAGAGAGUCUGAUCUCAUGAAGAAGCUGGUGGAGAUCGUCAACGACCGGAACGCCAUCGUGGACGGGCUGGAGGAAGACAGACGGAGAGAAGAAGAAGAAGAUCAGCAGCUGAAUGAAAUGAUGCAGCGGCUUGGUGUGCGCAAACUAAAGAGCAGGAGAACGUCGUCCUUCUCUAAGGUGUUCAGACGCAGAAGUAAAAACCAAGGAAGGAAGGAAGAACGAUCCGUGGCCGAGCCGUGACUCGGUGACGCAAUCUCGCCACGCACAGCCGCUCCGGUCCCUCAAAGAACUCUGUGAAGUGCGGCAGGUCAGAUUUGUAGUAUAAUGAAACAGAACACACACCGUGCUUUGUUUGUGCUCCUCGGUUUACAUCCCAGACUGCACUCAGCCACACCUACAACAUCCGCUCAGUGGGUUUAUUCUCUUCACUCGCUUUACAUGCUUCUUAUACUCUAUGAAGAGAGAGAGAAUAAAAAUCUAACAAUUAAUGGAUUUUAUUUGUAGUUUGAAUUACACAUAGACUUAAACAUGGAAUUGAUACAUCUAGUCAUUUGAUCAGAUGUCUUUAUUUUAUUAUUAUUAUUAUUAUUAUUAUUAUUAUUAUUAUUAUUAUUAUUACUAUAUUAUAAUUAUUUUAUUACAGUGAUAAUAAUGAUCAUUAUAAGUUUUAUUAUAAUUAUAAUAAUAAUAACAACAACAAUUAUUAUUAUUAUUAUUAUUAUUAUUAUUAUUAUUAUUAUUAUUAUUAUUAUUAUUAUUAUUAUUAUUAUUAUUUCAGCACAACUCACUCACAUAAAAACAUCCUGCACAUUUCUGUGAAGUGUCACUUUCCCUAUUGCCCUAAAGGUGGCACUACAGGCUCACAUGCCCUUCAGAAGAGUAUUUAAAAAGAAAGAAAGAAAGAAAGAAAGAAAGAGAAAGAAAGAAAGAAAAAGA